AUGUCGUCUUCAAAUGUGGCAUUCCCACAACAAGUGGUGGGGUCGAUAUCUCAAAACGGGGAGGUCGGAAAUGAGUACUACGAUUUAAACGGCAUUGAAUUACAGACAAUAGGUCAAAGUCACGCAGGAAGUGGUAAGGGUACAGGAUCUGGGUUAGACACGAACGAUUACAACGAACAAACCCAUCAGAUGGGUGCCGAAAUACGUCGACGUCGUUAUAGCAAUGCUACAGACGUAACCAAUGAAUCGGUUGCCCUAAUGUACGGAAGCGAAACAAAUCCCUUGGACUUUCCAGAAGGAGGAAAAGAAGCUAACUUGGUUUUACUUGGGUCCUUCCUUGGAUUGGUUGCUGAUUUCGGUAUCCCAAAUGCGUUAGGAGCUAUCGAGUCAUAUGUUUCUACUAAUCAAUUGAAGAAUGUAACAAAAGCUGAUGUGGGUUGGGUUUUUUCUUUGCACUUGGGUGUCAUGUACCUUGGUGGGGUGAUUUUUGGGGAAUUGUUUGACACUUACGGAGCAAAAAAGCCCUUGAUUGCCGGAACUAUAUUGAUGUGUGCUGGAUUGUUUUGCACUGCUGAAUGCCAGGAGUUGUACCAAUUUGUGCUAAGCUUUUCCGUAUUGACGGCAAUUGGAACAAGUGUUGCCAUGUCUCCAUUGAUUGGGGCUUUGAGUCACUGGUAUUUGAAGAAGCGAGCAAUGGCUUGCUCAAUAGCUACCAUUGGAGGCUUGAUGGGAGGUUCGUGUUUUGCAAUCAUGUUGCAACAACUUUAUGACAGAAUUGGUUACAAGAAUGCUAUUAGAGUAUUGAGCUUGGCAACCGAUCCUGCGGAGCAUCACGAAGGUAUUGAUCAACAUAUUUGGUCAAAAGUAGCAAGGUUCAUCAAAGGUGCUUUGGACUUUUCUGUUUUGAAAGAUAUGAAGUUUAUAUCCUUAACCUGGGGUGUGUUCUUAGCAGAGGUGGUCUCGAUGACUACCUUGACGUACUUGGGAUCGUAUGCACUUGAAUACAAUGUCAGUGAGACCCUGUCCUAUUUGUUAUUGACAGUCAUCAAUGUUUGUGGAAUUCCCUCACGAUUGUUAUCGGGACUAUUUGCUGACAAGUAUGGUAGAUUCAACAUGAUGAUGAUCUCAUCCACUUUGACAACAGUGUUUAUUUUGGGUCUUUGGUAUCCGGCCAAGAGUGUGUCGUUGUUGUACGCAUUUGGAGUCUUGUUUGGAAUAUCUUCAUCGGCCGUUAUAUCUUUAAUACCAGCCUGUACUGGUCAAAUUUGUUCAUCCGAGCGUUUUGGCAAAGUGUAUGGAACAAUGUACUUUUUCUUGGGAAUCUUGACCAUUUUGGGUAUGUAUUUUGCUACUUUGGUGAUUGCAGGAGGCAGCAAGAGAAAUUACAGCAAUUUUGUCUUGUUUGAGGGAGCUUUAAGCGCUACAUCUAUAGCGGUAUGGAUAUGGGCCAAAUACAGCGCUGUUGGAUGGAAGUGGUGGAGCAAAUUUUGA